AUGACGAAUAGUAUAUCCAUCGAUCCUGCCAAUCUCGCCGCUUAUGGACAACAAAUUGGUCAAACUUUCUCAUUUGUAAUCACAGGUGGUGUUAACGGAUCUAUUUAUGGUACAAAUAUUUAUACACUUGAUUCCAAUCUGGCGACAGCAGCAGUUCAUGCAGGUUUUCUAUGUAUAAGUGAAACCAAAAAUGUCACGAUUAAAAUUCUUCCUGGUCAAGAAUCAUAUACUGCGUCAACACAGAAUGGCGUAACGUCUUCCUCCUAUGGCUCAUGGAAGGGAAGCUACUCAUUUGUUGUUGCUAUGUCUACAUCGAGUGUCACUCCUUCUAAUCUCGCUGAUUAUAGUGACAAAGUUGAUGAAACAUUCUCAUUCGAAAUCACAGGUGGUGUUAACGGGUCUAUUUAUGGUACAAAUAUUUAUACACUCGAUUCCAAUCUGGCGACAGCAGCGGUUCAUGCAGGAUUACUACGUAUAGGUGAAACCAAAAAUAUCACGAUUAAAAUUCUUCCUGGUCAAGAAUCAUAUACUGCGUCAACACAGAAUGGCGUAACGUCUUCCUCCUAUGGCUCAUGGAAGGGAAGCUACUCAUUUGUUGUUGCUAUGUCUCCAUCGAAUGUCGGUCCUUCUAAUGUCGCUGAUUAUAGUGACAAACUUGCUCAAACUUUCUCAUUCGUAAUCACAGGUAAUGUUAACGGAUCUAUCUAUGGUACAAAUAUUUAUACACUCGAUUCCAAUCUGGCGACAGCAGCAGUUCAUGCAGGUUUUCUACGUAUAGGUGAAACCAAAAAUAUCACAAUUAAAAUUCUUCCUGGUCAAGAAUCAUAUACUGCGUCAACGCAGAAUGGAGUAACGUCUUCCUCCUAUGGCUCAUGGAAGGGAAGUUACUCAUUUAUUAGUGCUGGUGGAUUAUGA